ACUAGCGUCACAAUCUCAACUUUGUACGCUUACACUGACAUGGUUACGCCGGGUUCAUCGCUGGUAGCGUUAGCCGCAGAUGGAAUUUUCAUGAUAGGUGUAACAAUCAUAGUAGACAAUGUUGAAUGGUGCUACAUUAGAUCCAGAAUAGCUGCGCUGAUUAGGAGGAAACAACUGGAGCAACUAAAAAGUCAAACUGAACGACAUUCGUGGCAUCAAGACGAAGAAGUUCGUGAGUUAAAACCCGACAUCGAUGCUGAAGAUGUAGCCAAAGUUUGGGAAUCAAGCGGAGAAUUGUCCGUAUACAGAUUUGAAAUAAGAGCAUACCCUGGAGAGGUCAGCGUUAUUCUUGGACAUCCGGGAGCGGGAAAGACGACCACUUUCAAGAUGAUGUGCGGAAGUAUACGACCUACACGAGGUACAGAUGUUUUGAUGCAAAAUUCGAGAUUUGACACCCUGCAAGUACAGGUCGCAUCAAAAUUCUGGACAAAGAUAUCUUUCGCUAUAGAACUUUGUGUCGCACAAAAAUAG